AAAUAAAUGAAUAGAAUUAAAAUCCACGUGUCUACCCAAACCCUUCACUCUUGACUAGGCGAAACCGCACAAACACAGAGAAAAAGGAAGCGGGAAUCCCCUUCGAAAUCGCCAUGGAUAGCCGCGACGCCGUCGCCGCCUCUCCCAAUCCCAAGCUCAAGCGCCCCUGCUACACCACCCAUACCGAAAAUUCGACCUCCGAUUCCGAUCAUUUCGACGCGCUAUUGGAGUCUCUCCUCCAUUUCCGCGAUUCCUCCGCGAUCGCUCUCGACCUCGCCGUCGGUCGAAUCGUCGAGUCCUGCCCCCGCGAUUCCGAGAAGCAAGACGUCGUCGAUCGCGCGCUCCGUCUCGGUUCCGCGCUCACUGAAGCGGCCAAGCGAUCCGCUAGGAGGCUGGCUUCCAUGCACAACGCCGCCGUUUGGGCUCUACCGUCCGAUCUCACUAUUAAGGUAUUCUCGUUGCUCGAUACACAGAGUGUGUGUCAUGCUGCUGCUACAUGCUCCUUCUUCAAUAAGUGUGCUGCUGAUCCAUUGUGCUAUGCCAAUAUUAACUUAACCACGACUGUUCCAAGGGUCAAUAACGUAGUAGUUUCCACAAUGAUUCAACGAGCGGGAAAAGUACUGCGGUCCCUUAAGCUUGGGAUUGUCCCUAGCCCACCUGUUGCAUCACUAGGUUUGUCCCAAACACUCGUUUAUUCUAUGAGAAAUUCAUCAGAUACAUCAGAAUUUUCAUGGAAUGAUAAAAGGCCAAGACAGGGAAAGGAGACAUUUGUACUUACUAGGUCUUGCUUGGCACCAUUGAUCAGUGAUGGUGGUGCUCCAGGGGCUCUUCUGAAAAAGUUACACCUUUAUAACAUAGAAAGAAUGGACAAUGCAGCAUUGGGAGCUGCUAUAUCAGCUUGCCCUUCUUUGCUUGAUCUAGAAAUUGUUGGCCUACAUGUGGAGCUGCGGCAUACCCUGGAGUCUGUGAGUAGAUCUUGUCCCCUAAUAGGACGUCUAUAUUUUGAAUCAUCCGAAACAGGUAGAGAUGACAGCUUAACAUUAGCAACAUGCAAUGACAUAGUCAACAAUUGCCCAUAUUUAUCCUCAUUAGCACUUCGAGGGUUUAAAUUGCAUGACCGUAAAGUCCGUGAUCUUGUCAAGGGAUUGCGUAAUUUGAAGUUUGUUGACUUUACAAUGUCCUAUGCCAUCACUGGUGAAUUUCUUAGAAACCUAGGUGGCAGUGGAGGUGGAAGCUUACUGGAAGUUUUGAUUUUACGGGAUUGUACGCAUCUGAGAGAAGCAGAAGUUUCCAGGUUGCUUUCGGCGAUUCUUGCAGGACGUUUCAAGCUUCUUAAGAACCUUGUCAGAAUCCAAUCUCACCGAUGUCAUAAAUCUUAAUAUUUUCCAUUUUUUUUUCCUGUGUCUUAAGUAAUUAUUUCUCAUUGCCUGUUGAUAGGACGUAUCCAAUUGAGAGGGGCUUGCAUCUGAUGACGACUGGUACCAGAGAUGUUACACCCCAAGUUUCAUGUCUUUACGCGAGUUACUGGAAGAAAGGCCCAAUCUAAAGGUGCAUGCAGAUUUUCCUGCCGAAGGAAGUUUUGUGGAAGAGCCAAUGACCAGCAGUGAUGUCAACAACGAUACCAACUCACCCUCUGGGGAAUAUGCAUUCACUACCUCAUCGGAGAGCAGUUAUAAUAGCGACCACAGUAGUGGCAACGAGGACUACCCUAAUGCCGGGUUUCCAGUCCAUGAUGAGAGUUCAGAUGAGGUGGAUGAUUUAUAGAGAGAGAGAGAUGUCAGCAUCUCGGUCCAGUGGAACCGGCUGUAUAACUGGUACAAUCUCCAAGAUGAAACUCAUCAGGUGUCCUGACUCCUCCUGUCGAUACUCCUACACGCAAUGCAAAUUCAGUGCGAUCCUUAUUGCAUUAACAUGAGGAUUUUCAUUCUCCGAGCAUUGUUGACCGUGGCAAUUCAUCGGCUGCUGCAUAGAUUGUGAUUUUUUUUACAGGUCACCGGCUGGUGUAUACACACUCACAUUCCUGUUUACGAGGACCUGCAGAUUGUCGUAAGUCUCGAUUAGUUAGCUCAGGUUUCAAGCUUUGUUUAUCCAUUUGAACCUGCAGAAAGGAUCAUAGGAGUUACUUACAUUAAGUUCUAUUUAUUAUCUAAAUCUCUAUGGUUUUUGUUUUUGGGAGGUAA